AUGAAGAUGAUGAUGGAUGAGACAGUUACAACAAUCGAUUUCGGUGACGGAGAUAAGCGACACGGAGAUAACCAGCCGAGAUUUCGUGAAACCGAGCUACCCAGAAAAGGAUCCGGAGUUCCAGCUCAUGAGCAGCAUCUGAAGUCGAAGAGCCACAUUGUGAAGGCUUCAUCACUAGAGACAAGCAACGGAGAAGAGGAUAAAAAGAUAAUCAAGCAGCUUCCUCCUCGUCGUGUUGAGAAGAACGACCCUGCUCAGUUAAAAGGUGGAUUUCUGUUGGCUCAGACUUUAAGUAUGAUACAAGAAGAGACUUGGAUGAUGUGGGUGGCACAUGCGUUGGAGGUAUUAUCUUGA